UCCCGGGCUCACACCCCACAGCCAUGUCCUGCUCCGACCUCUGUGUCCCCACGUCCUGCGGCCCCACGCCGCUGGCCAACAGCUGCACCGAGCCCUGUGUCCGGCAGUGCCAGGACUCCACCUACGUGAUCCAACCCUCUCCCGUGGUGGUCACCCUGCCCGGGCCCAUCCUCAGCUCCUUCCCCCAGAACACCACCGUGGGAUCCUCGGCCUCCGCCGCCGUCGGGGAUGCUCUGAGUGCCGGGGGGGUCCCCAUCAACUCGGGCAGCUCCUCGGGGCUCGGCGCUUUGGGGUACCCCGCUUUGGGGGGUCUUUAUGGGAGGUCCUACCGCCGCCCCAACCGCGGUGGGCCCUGAGGAAGCCUCGGGACAGCCUCGGGGAGGGAUGAGCAGGAGGUGGAAAGCGCGAUCCGGAUGCAGGACUGAGCCCAGCCGCUUGCUGACCCCCGCAGCUUUGCCCUGAGCUCACGGGGCUGCAGGAGCUUCUGGCGUUCCCUUUCUGUGGUAGCAGGGAGGUGAAAAAUGUCCCCCGGUUGUCCGGCUGUAAAGCACUGCCUCGAAAUGAGUGAUUAAUUUUAAUCCGUAUUCAACCCUUCUGCUUUCUCACGCUG